GUAAAUUACUGACGAGCUAUGAACGUGUGUCUCACUCUGGUCAUGCUUCUUGCACCUCUGGCAGACAGGCAGGCUGAUGUGAUCCCAGCAGAGAGGUUCUGUGUCCACGUUAGGGUGGAGCUAACCUGAGUAUGAGCAGCAGUAGCCACAUUAGUCUCAAGUUCCAUUCAGACUAAUUUAUUGUGCUUCCAAAUAAAUGAAUUUUCAUCCUUAAUACUUGGUUAGAUAUUUCUGUAAUGCACUGCAGUGCAUUCAGAGACUGGGUAAGAAGGCUGCAGUGAACAAAUGCACUGCUGAAAUUAUAUUACCUGCUCCAGUGAUUAAUAAUCCCAGACAUUCGACACACACCACAUUGGACUCUGCCUAACAGCUCAAAAUCUUCACGGCAGUGGGGCUCUGGAGAGAUGGAACCAAGGACAUUGCAUCUAUGUAGUUACCUUAACAACCAAAUUUGUAAUCACCUCAAAGAGUGAAAUCGGGUUUGUGCGGCAUGACCUAUUUUAUGUAAUACCAUAUUGACGGGCAUUAAUUAUGUUCUCAUCCGUUAAUUCUUCAUUGCUGAAAUCCUGUAUCAACUUUCUGUUAUUUUACCUGAUUUAUCAGAGACACAUGUCAGGCUAGUUGGUUGAGAGUUAGUUGGGUCAACAUUCUCCAGUACUUAAAUACUGGCAUAAUAUUAAGGCUUUUCUUAAUGUUUCAAAAUUUCCUCAGUAUUCCAAGACUUGUUGAAAGUAGCAUUAGCUAGCUAAUGAUGUUGAUUUUAAAAUAUUUAUUUCUUAUACAACUUAUUUAAUAUUUUUUGUUGCAAAUAUGUACAUUGUUCAUACACUACAUUUUCAGAUGCACAUGUACUUAUUGAGGACUUUAUACUUACUCUGUAUCAACAGCUUGUCAUCAUCUAGUAAUGUCCCUUGGUAUUACUGUUGGCCUCUGUCCUGACAGAAAUUUAGUUCCUAGUCUCCAGCUUCCCAUUGUGAGUUUUCUACAUUUUCUCACUUCUAACAGUGAUCGUUGUUUUCCUUUUUUUCCACUGCUAGUUUUUAUUGUUGCAUUCUUUUUAAAUUUCACUAUGAUACUUUUAAGCAUUUUUAUAUUUUUUCUUUACUAUUGAUGUUUGCAGGUAUUUCCUUAAAUAGUCUUAACACAAGUUCUUAAUCUUUUUUUAGCCUAAUCUGAAUUCCAUGUGGACACACAGUUACACCCAUUUUUCUCAAAUUAGAGAAAUUAACACUUUGAAGCAGCAAAGGAUAUAUGCCUUCAUACUCAGAUCAGUGAUCUGUCUUCUGCCUAUAUAGUCUAUGUUGAGGAUACUUUAAACCUGGAUGAGGGAGGCAUCCUGUCAGAACCAGUGUAUACAAAUAUAAUUCCAACUGCCUAAAGCUGUGCUUGUAGAGCACUGUGACAUCUUCACAGAAAAGAAACAGCUGCACCUACCUGAGCUUGCAUGUGAGGGUCAUGUGAUAUCCAUGCUUUAGGAAUGCUAUUUUUUAAAUAAUUUUGGGCACUUCUUUUCCUCUCCAGGAUUUAGGGUUUUUGUCCCCUUUCAGGAUUGUUGUCUCUUUAACAAUUUUCAAGAAUAAACAUUAUUUUCUGUGAUUAAACUUUUAAACACCCAAACUCUUAUGUAUAUAUGUAGUGUACAUGUGUAUAUAUGUGUGUAUGUGUAUACAUACACACACACUAUGUAUGUAGUUGUGUAUGUAUGUGUAUAUUCAUAUAGCCUGUAUGUUUAACUGCAUUUAAAAUAUAUCAGAAUAAUACAAAGUUAAUGUAUUGAAGCAGUAGCAAAGUGUUAUACUUCUGUUGCUAAGUGUAGAUGGACAGAUGUUAUUGAGAGUACAAUUCAUGCUCUUCUCAUGUCCUUAAGCCAGAAAGAGUUGUAUUUAAACCCUGAGAAGUUUUACAGUAGAAGUUAAUGCAUAAUUAAGGACUCCAUGAAAACAGAAAGCAUUUGGCUAGUCUUAAUAGAACAAGAACUCUGUCAUGUUCUAAAAAAACCAAACCUGUGGUGAAUUAAUCUAGCAUAACAAGCUGUGUGCAGUAGUCUAAAACCCCAGGAAAAGGAGACAAUGUUAGUCAGAAAUUAGCUAAACACCAGUCAAGACUGAGUGGUUCACUCCUCCAACAGCCCAAAGUGACCAUAUUUACCAGCUCAAACUCACCUUUAUCAUAUUUCUUAUGGCUACGUAAAACAAGAAUGUGGUUGACCUGCAUAAGACAUGCAUCAGGUCAAAGUCCAAACUGCAGGUGAUGAACUGAAAGGGUGGGUGUUAAAAGACCUGCAGUGAAUAAGCAUAGUGAGAAGGCUGGCCAGAUGCUAAUGAAGCAGUAGAGGACAGUGGCUUUGUGCUGAAUCAGUGCAAGACAUGCAUGCUGACUCGACCCUAUCUUACUUCUGCUCAUCCCAGAUGUUCCACAAAGUUGUGAACGUGUUUUUCCCUCUUAUGUAGACCCCUCAGUUUCACUGGUGUUGAUACAGUAUUUUGCUUUUCAUUGUGAUAGGAGGAGUGGCUUAAAAGUUUUUCCCCUAUCAAUUAGUAUUUCAGAGUGAUUUGCUUGUUACUUUCAAUACUCACUCAGUUGGUUCAAAGCCACAUUCCUCAGUGUGUUUGUUUGCAUGGGUAAGUCAGGCUGUACCUAACCACACUGUAGAGCAAUUGCUUUCAUUUGAGAUUUGUCGCUUGGUGUAUUUAACACUCCGUCUCUCAGUUGCGCCUGCCUGGUAACAAGCAAAUGGAGUGAACCAGACUCCAUUAAACUCCUGCAAAACAUUAGUUUAUACUAGUCAUAACUGAUUCAGGAUGACUCCAUUUCCAUGCUAGCCUUCCUGUCAUGAUGUUGCUGUCCUAUGUAGUGAUUAAAUUAAUCAAUAAUAACUUACUAAAGCAGUGGUUAGUUCAAAAGCCUGAGAAGAGAAUGACCGUUAAAAUAAUUAGAUUUCCAGCUCCAGUUUCCAGGUUAGGAUAUUAUGGACACAUUUGUUCAUAUCACAUUUGCUUUGUGGUUCAGUAUGAAUUUUUAAUAGAUGACUUUGCGAUAAGAAAGCAGCAAUUCAGAUGCAAUUAUAUAAACAGAAGAUCAGCCUGGAAUUAACCUGGAGAGUAUAAAACACAGGCACAGAGCUUGUGCUGGGUCACCGCCUCUCCCAGCUCAAGACAGAAUCAGGUUCCUGUAAUAGGGAAGAAUUCAGCUGACAAGAGCAUGAGUCCCUUCUUUGCCAUGACUCUCCUCCUUGGCCUGACUUUUGGUCAAACGGCAUCACGUUGUGCUCCUUCUGAGUAUACAAUCCAUGUGGAGAAAAGGGAAUGUGCCUACUGCCUGGCCAUCAACACCACCAUCUGUGCUGGAUUUUGCAUGACUCGGGACAGCAACGGCAAAAAGCUACUACUCAAAAGUGCUCUGUCCCAGAAUGUGUGCACGUAUAAAGAGAUGCUGUACCAAACAGCACUGAUUCCAGGCUGUCCUCAUCACACCAUCCCUUAUUAUUCCUACCCUGUGGCUGUGAGCUGCAAGUGUGGUAAAUGUAACACUGAUUAUAGUGACUGUGUUCACGGGAAGCUUAGGACAAACUAUUGCACUAAACCACAGAAGCUCUGUAAUAUGUAAGCUUCCAAAAAGAUGUGGUUGAAAUGUACCUCUCUGCUCACAACUAAACAAAAAUAAAAGUGUAUUUCACAACACGUUUGCAAA